CCCUUUGCAACAUUUUUACUACUACAUCAAGCAUGGCCACAGCUGCCUCCAAUCCCUACAGCAUUAUCAGUUCUAUGGUUCAGGCAGACUCUUCGGUCAUGCAACAAGGGAAUCCCUUUAGGAAUCACCAGAAACUUCUACAAAGCGACUACCUCCAAGGAAUUCAGAGCAGUGGACAUCCUAUUAGCCAUCAGUGGGUAAGCAGUUUAUCUGAGGGAAAUCCGUGGUCAGCAUCUCUGUCGGGCAGCCCUUUAGAGCAGCAGGACGUGAAACCGGGGCGAGAAGACCUCCAACUUGGGGCAAUCAUUCAUCACAGAUCUUCUCAUGUCGCCCAUCACUCACCCCAUUCCAAUCAUCCAGGUGCGUGGGGAACAUCCGUGUCUCACAACUCAUCUCUAAACACCGGGGGGCAACCGAUUAACAUUUAUACGCAGGGCGGUUUCACGGUCAAUGGCAUAUUGGACCACGGAGGUCUUACGCCUCCCUCGAACUCUUUAGAAGACCAGGGCUUGCAUCUGGGAAUAAGAGACAACCCAGACCACGUCGACAUCGGGGGACACCACUGUCAUGACCACUCCGAUGAGGAAACACCAACCUCGGACGAAUUGGAGCAGUUCGCCAAACAGUUCAAACAAAGGCGGAUCAAGCUCGGCUUUACGCAGGCAGAUGUGGGUCUUGCUCUGGGCACUUUAUACGGCAAUGUCUUUUCACAGACGACCAUCUGCAGGUUCGAAGCCUUGCAGCUUAGUUUUAAGAACAUGUGCAAACUGAGACCUUUAUUGAACAAGUGGUUAGAAGAGGCGGACUCGUCCACCGGCAGUCCCAGCAACUUUGACAAAAUCACUGCGCAAGGAAGGAAAAGAAAGAAAAGGACGUCGAUAGAGGUGAGCGUGAAAGGGGCGCUGGAGUCGCACUUUCUUAAAUGUCCCAAGCCGGCAGCCCAGGAAAUAUCCUCUUUGGCUAACAGUCUACAGUUGGAGAAAGAGGUGGUUCGUGUCUGGUUUUGCAACCGACGACAAAAGGAGAAAAGAAUGACUCCGGGGGAGCAGCAGACUCACGAGGUAUAUUCCCACAAGAUAAAUACGGACAGUGCUGCGUGCCGUGAUCUCUGACUAAAGGACGGGGAUUUACCCACCAAGACUGACGACGACAAAAAUGUAGUGGAUUUUCUUUUAUAUGUUUCAUUUGUAAUUUCUGGUGGUGCGGUGAUGGCAACGAUCAGAGGCGACUAUAUAAAAACGAACUUACCGUUUUCUCACGUCGGGGCAACGUAUCCACACAGACUGAUGUUUAAUCUAUUUUAUAAAGGAAACAUUUUAUUACCAAAUUAAAAUAUUGAUUCAUUGAUUUUAUAAAGAGAAAUCUUGACUGAAAGGAUUUACACGAAAUUGUGCCCGAUGGCAUUAGAGAGUGUUUAAUAUCGGGACGUACACACACACACACACACACACACACUCAUUUAAAUAUAAAGUUCUAUUUCUUUGUAGCAACGAAUAAAGCCAAAUUAAAUAUUUGGGGGAUACAUACACGUCCUCCCUGGUUCCUGCACCCCGACUGUGCCUAUUAAUAACUUCCCAGCGCCUAUGUAUUAGGUGUUUCGAUUUAAUUACAGUAUUUUUGGUACUUCGGGUUUGGCUAGAUGAAAGGAUAAGGGGUUUUACAGAUAGUAUUCAGUUUCGAACCAAAAAUUUCCAAUUUUAGUCUAGCGUAUUUAUUAUUUAGAGUUCAAAAACUUUCCUCGCUGCAACACUACAGUGAAGCUUUUAUAGCAUUACGUGGUUAGUCACUUUAUGAAACUUUAAACUGAUGUCCCAGACGUAUCGUUACACUUAUUUAUAAGGCAUGUUUAUCAGAUUAACGCUACAUGUUAUCGAUAUACGGGACAGAUGUAUAUUUAAACAGUGCGUCCGGCUUCCUAUGGGGCCUAUAGCAUAAACAAGAAAAAUAACACCAUCCAAACAAGGUUUCUGUAAUGAAAUAACAAAGCUUCAAAGGCAUAUUAUUUGGCUACAAUUUUCUUCUCAAAUGCUAAAUUUUGAAUAUAGUUCUGUCCUCGACCACAAUACUUUCGUGUAUUUUUUGGUACUAGCACAGAACCAUAAGUUAUUUUACAAUGUAACCGCAUUGGAGUGUAUCUCAUUAUUCUGCCUGAAGUUUUAUAAGCCUCGAUUCUAGUAUUAUUGAUGAAUUUCUUUAAUAUUUUCCAAUUUGCUAUUGUACAGUUUUGUAUAGAACCUUAAAAAAUUAAUUUAA